UGGAAAUUUUGACAAUUGACACAAUUGUCGCUCGAUUCCAACCUCACUUUUGCUGGUUAGCGUUGUGUCAACGUUUUUAGUUUAUUUGCGAUUUUUUGCACACAAAAACAACAACCAUGUCGACCGCAAUGCCCAUAAACCCCAAACCUUUCCUCAACGGCCUAACAGGCAAGGCUGUGAUGGUAAAAUUGAAGUGGGGGCACGAAUAUAAAGGUUACCUUGUCUCAGUUGAUGGUUACAUGAAUUUACAAUUAGCAAACACAGAGGAAUUUAUUGAUGGGAAUAUGACUGGUAACUUAGGGGAAGUUUUAAUUAGAUGUAACAAUGUCUUGUUCAUAAGAGGGGCUGAAGAAGAGGACGAGGAGGGAGAGACGAAGGAUUAAUUAUUUAAUGUAAAUUCAAGUUUAAAUGUACGAUCGGAUACUUACGUAAAUAAGUAUUGUAGAUUUAAUUUUUUACCAAAUAAAUCGUGUUAAAGUA